CCGUAUGAUCGCGUUCGAGUUCUCCAGACUUCCCGUCUCUACAACUCCAGCAGCUUGGUAUUCAGUGCUUCUCCUUGCGUCGAGCUACUCCCCAGUGUGAUCCGCUUGGAGAACGCCUGUCUGCCCUCUGGAGUCCUGCACCGUUCCUCUUCGCUUCCGGAUACAGUGUGCUGUACGGCGUUCCAGCCCUCCUCGUUGUGCGUGCGUGCAGUACACACAGAGUCGUUCCUGUGUUCUUCUGACUUCAUCAUGAAGAGGACCGUGUCUGGUGUUCCCGUGGCAGCCGGCCAGCCCUCAACAUCGGGAGCCCUCCAGCCCUCGACAUCGGGAGCCGUCCAGCCCUCGACAUCGGGGACCUACCAGCUUGUGUCAUCUCAGGUAUGUGCACCGUCACCAGGGAAUGGGUGUGCGUACUGUGGCAAAUUGUUUUCCGCUAGCCGUAAUGCCAGACGGCAUGAGCGCAUCUGCGCAGCUAAUCCUGGCUGUAAUACAACAAGCCAAUGUCAUAUCUGCGGUAUGACAAUAAGCCGCAAGGACAGUUUGGCCCGCCAUAUGAGAACGUGUGAGGGCACCGCCGAGCACAGCACAGGCUCGAGGUGCAUUCACUGCGGGCAGCAAUUUGAACAUAGUCACCAUGCCAGACGCCACGAGAAGAGCCAGUGCUCAUUCAACCCUGAGCGCAUUGAAUUUACAUGCACUACAUGCCAGGGCGAGUUUACCCGCAAAGACAAUCUAUUAACGCACAUCAAGACGUGCAAGGGUCUGGCUCCCAAGAGACGGUGCGUAGACGUGACCUCCGGCCUGCAACAGCCCGGCCCCAGCACUCGUCCGCAAUAUGUGGCGAGUGUGCCCGACCAGGCACAGCGAGACUUGGAGGCGCAAGCGCCUGACCAGGCUCAGGUUGACUUGGAGGCAGGCGGUACCGGGUUCGUUGAGGCGGAGAGUGCGUUCCGCAGAAAUUUAAAGACCUUAGUGGCAGUCAACAAUGGUGCGACCAAAGACAUUUGCACGUACCUGGGUGAAAUGAAAAAUAACUUGAUCAAUCGCAUUUCCCAGGAAGUACGUGAAAAUGGCCCAGUGAAGUUCAAUGUAUGGCUUGAAUGCGAUUAUGCCAAGCCCGCUCCCUUCGAUGAAGGUGUCGACAAGAGGGCGUUCAAGACGAAGAAUGUACCCAUCUACGAAGAGAGCGACAUUGAAGAGGCAGUAACGGAAUGCAUUGAGAAAAUAUGUAGGGAGGAAGACGAAUACGUCAGCAAGGGAUCCGGGUGGACCUUGUCUGCAGUAAAGAAAAUUCAGCUCCGUUUCAACAAGCUAGUUCCUCUUCGAGUCUCCUCCUACAUUGACCUGCCUGCUGUCAUCAAGAACAGGAAAGCAGUAAUAAAUCCCAUGAACCUGGAAGACAGCGAGUGCUUCAAGUGGGCCAUACUGGCGCGGUACGUGGAGGGGGUGAGUCCUCAACGUGUGGACAAGCGCUACCACGACCUGGAGGGAAAAUUUGAUUUUUCAGGAUUGGAGUUCCCUACCCCCCUCCACCAAAUCAAAGUGUUUGAGCAAAACAACAAAGAAGUGUCUGUCAACGUCUACAACAUUGACGAGAACGACAAGAUCGCGCCAGUGCGUGUGGGGAAGGAAGAAAAGCAACAUCAUUUCGACCUCCUGCUUCUGUCGAACGAAGAUAGUAACUCUCAUUUCUGCUAUAUUAAGAACUUCUCAAGACUCGUCAGGCCUCAGAUCACAGCCCAUCAUGCGAAUAUACAUGUCUGCAAGAGAUGCUUCACGUACUAUCACGAUUUGACACGAGAUUCAGGGCUGACAGGGCAGCAGUGUCUCGACGCGCACAGAAAGUUCUGCAACACCCAUGCUCCCGUACGCGUCGAGAUGCCGAAGCCAGACAAGAACGGCAAGCCACCUGUCAUGGAGUUUAAAAAUUACCACCACAUGACAAAGAUGCCCAUCGUCGUUUAUGCGGAUUUUGAAGCCCUGCUAGUACCCAUCUCAUCAUGCCAGCCGGACCCCCAGCAAUCAGGCACCUAUGCAUAUCAAAAACAUGAAGCAUACAGCUAUUGUAUCUAUGUAAAGGUCGACAAUAGCGUGAUCCCAGCCAUGCUCACCGCCUCGCUGCCACAAGAGCCGAUGCUAUACAGGGGGCCCGAUGCUGAAGCAAAAUUCGUGGAGGACAUAGUCGAUAUUGGGAAUCAGGUGAAGGAAAUAUACCAGACCAGCCUGCCCAUGACGCCGCUGACGGCUCAAGAGAAUGCCAGAUUCGCCGCAGCCCAACAGUGCUGCUACUGUAAUACAGUAUUUACCAUGGAAAAUUAUAAUGUCAAGGACCACGACCACUUCAGUGGAAAGUACCUUGGUGCCGCCUGCAACAGCUGCAAUCUUCUGCGCAGGCGGCCCAAGAAGCUUGUUGUGUACUUCCACAACCUCAGCUACGACGAGAAGUUUAUCAUCAAGAAACUGGGCUACGACAACAAGGAAAUAUUCAUAAUCCCCCACACGCAGGAAAAAAUGAUAACAUUUUCGAAAAGUCUGGGCAACAAAUUCUCCGUACAGUUUAUCGACACAUUCAGGUUCAUGGCACGAAGUUUGGCGUCCCUCGCGUCGUACCUGCCAGCCGACAAAUUCAAAGAGACUUCGAAAUAUUUCACACCAGAAGAAAUGUCCCUCGUCACGAGAAAGGGUAUAUUCCCUUAUGAUUAUGUUUCCAGCUGGGAGAAACUGGACGAGCCACAACUGCCUGCAAAGGAAGAUUUUUACAAUAUGUUAAAUGACAGCCAUAUCAAUGAUGCAGAAUACAGUCAUGCGCAGGCAGUGUGGAACAAGUUCGGCUGUGUGACCCUGGGCGAGUACAGCGACGUAUAUUUAAAGACGGACGUGCUGCUUCUUGCAGACGUUUUCGAGAACUUUCGUCAGCUCUGUCUCGACACGUACGGGCUUGACUGCAGCCACUAUGUCAGCUCCCCAGGGUUCACGUUCGACGCCAUGUUGAAACAGACGCAGGUACGACUAGAGCUUAUAACCGACUAUGACAUGUAUAUGUUCAUCGAGGCUGGGAUCAGGGGUGGGGUGGCACAAGUGGUGAAGCGUCACUGUAAGGCCAACAACGUCUGCCUUCCCCGCACCUACGAUCCCAGCCAGUCGUCGAAGCACAUACUCUAUCUGGACGCCAACAACCUCUACGGAUGGGCCAUGUCGCUGCCGCUGCCAGUCAGAAGCUUCAGGUGGGUGGGCGCCGAUAUCGACGUGAUGACGAUACCUGACGAGGGGCGGAUGGGGUACAUCCUAGAAGUUGAUGUAGAGUAUCCGUCUGCCCUCCACGAGGAACAUAAGGACCUGCCGUUCCUGCCCGUCAGCCAGUGCCCGCCCGGCUCGAGACAAACUAAAUUAAUGACAACUCUCGAGCAUAAGGAAAAUUACAUCAUUCAUUAUAGAAACCUGAAGCAAGCUCUCCAGCACGGACUGCAAAUAAAGAAAAUUCAUAGAGUACUUCAAUUUGAGCAACGUGCGUGGAUGAAGUCCUAUAUUGAAAAAAAUACGAUUAUGAGACAACAUGCUACAAAUGAUUUCGAGAAGGAAUUCUUCAAGCUGGCAAAUAACUCCUGCUUUGGCAAGCUCAUGGAAAAUAAAUUCAAGCGGCAGCGUAUGGAGCUCGUAUGCAGCGAGGCGAGGCUCCGAAAGGUUAUUGCCAAGCCAGCGUUCCAGGACCGAACCAUUUUGGACGAAGACCUAUCGUUAAUAAAACUCCAACAUGAGAAAAUAUAUCUUGACCGCCCUAUAUAUGCGGGGUUUGCGGUUCUGGACUUGUCCAAAACGCUCAUGUAUAAUUUCCACUAUGAUGUGAUGAAGACAAGAUAUAAGGACAACAUUUCGCUGGCGUACAUGGAUACGGACUGUUUCACCUACGAAAUCAAGACGCGCAAUUUCUACCAGGACCUGGCCGACGACUCUGCGCUCAUGAGCGUGUUUGACACGAGCGCGUAUCCCAUUGGUCACCCCUGCUACUCGCCCACCAAUAAAAAAGUGGUGGGCAAAUUCAAGGACGAGUGCAAUGGGGUGACGAUGGAGGAGUUUGUCGGCCUCCGAGCAAAGCUAUAUACAUACAGAUAUGGGGAAACGAUUACAAAGAGAGCAAAAGGAAUACAAAAGUGUGUGGUAUAAAAUAAAAUUACAUUUGAAGAUUUCCUCGAGGUCCUGGAGGAACACGCAACAAAGCGCGCGCAAGUCCGGUCCAUACGGUCGCACCAAAUGACAUUAUACACAGAAUGCUCGAAUAAAAUAUCACUCUCAUGGCACGAUGAUAAACGCAUAAUAUGCGAUGAUGGUAUACACACAUUACCAUAUGGGUACAAUGGUUAAUGUUAUUUUAACCAUACCGCAGUAUUUAUGGAAAAAUGAAUUUUUUUCCUUCCACGAAAAAAGCAACUGAACAAAUAACAUGAAAUGUUGAAACUGGUGUCUGUGCUCGUACGUUUCGCGCAGGAUUCUCUGUCGGGGGUCCCAGGCUUUUGCUGUGGUAGCCGAGAAGAAGACCCUGACGGGAAUCUGUACCGUGAUGUACGAGUAUGGGACUAGUGUUUGCCACUUGGUAGCCACCCAUGUCUCUGUUGAUUUGGUGUACAUAGCCUUCGUCGAUGGAUUUUUCAUCGUUGGUUUCCUGAGUCCGCUCGUUGUAAUUAUGUUGCACCCACACUCUUUCGUGGUGCUUUUUUUGUUUGUUUUUUUACACCUAGAUUUUUGGUCUUCUGGUGCUAUUUUUCCUUGAUUUCUUGCACUCCACACUGUUUCGUGGUGCGAUUCGUUUUGUUCAUGCACCUACACACUGUUUCAUGGUGCUUAUU